CCUCUCUCUCUCUCUCUCUCGCUUUCUCUCGUUAUCUCUCUCGGCCAACAUCCUACACAUCACCACGCACAGUGCGCUGCGUAUAACCUGACGCGUACAUGGAGCCCUCCUGCCGCCCACCCCUUCAGGAAUAGCACAUUUUGAUACUUGAAAUGGCAUAGAAGGAAGGUUGUGCCGUAUCAACGCCGCCGGUAUUUCAGAAUUGUUUGGCUACUCUGUGGACGUAUGUGGUAACUCCUCGCACACUUUUUCACCAACCUACUUUCGCGGUCAUCCUGUAACCCUCGUGAUUUUUUUUUUUUGUGUGAACCCCUCUCCGCGGAGAGCGCAUGGAUCUGAUAACUACUGGUAGUAUGUCUCCAGCUGUCCGGUCCAGGAAUCGACCCCUGCAAGUAAUGCUGAACCAGAAGAAGAUCAAAGCCCGGAGGAAAAAACGCAAGGAGUUGUUGUUUAUACAGUUGUGCUUUUUGGGUGGUAUGUUUCUGGUUGUCACAGCGCUCUGCUAUCUCGCGGACGGGACAGGUUAUGACGUGUCCAGCUUCACGUCCCACGACGCUGACCGGGGCAUUGGUAGGAGACUGCUGUACAUCUCAGAUGACUACAAUAGCACAGAGGAGCAGGAUGAGCAGAAGAACUGCACAUCUCCAGCACUCCAUGAGUUCCCCACAGACCUGUUCACUCACCGCCAGCGCACAGAGGGGGCCGUGGCACUGCACGUCCUGUGUGCCAUGUACAUGUUCUGUGCCCUGGCUCUGGUCUGUGAUGACUACUUUGUUCCGUCUCUUGAGAAGAUUUCAGAGCGGCUCCAACUGAGUGAGGACGUUGCGGGAGCCACAUUCAUGGCAGCGGGCAGUUCUGCUCCAGAGCUCUUCACCUCCGUUAUUGGAGUCUUCAUCACCAAAGGAGACGUGUGGUGGGCACCAUCGCGGCCGUCAGUGUUCAACAUCCUUCGCAUCAUCGGCGCAGUGUGGUAUCUCACGGGUAGUGCCAUAAAGCUCACCCACUGGGCCCUCUUGAGAGACUCCGCCUGCUACACCAUCUCAGUGAUCGCUCUAAUAGUGUUCAUUUACUUAUUUAGACAGUUUUCGUGGUGGGAAUCGCUGGUCCUGGUUGUGCUGUACUUCUUCUACAUCCUCAUCAUGAAGUUUAACUCGCGUGCUCAGCGCUACCUUGAGCGGAGGCAGAAGAGUUCGGGGACCCUGUCCAACGGGCUGACGGGCAGCACCGACAUGGAGGACCUCAGCUGCGACGCCACGGCGGUCCUGCUAAAGAAAGCUAACUUCCAGUCGCAGCCCUCGGUGCUGAUGGUGGACGAGCUGCUGUCCGCGUACCCCCACCUGCUCUCCUUCUCCGAGGCCAGCAUGAGGGUGAUGAUCACCAACCACUUCUCACCGCGCACACGCCUCACCAUGGCCUCACGCCUGCUCAUCACCGAGAGACAGCGUCUGUCCAACAGCAGGUCGUUCAGCUGCAGCGAGGUGGACAUGGCGGCGCGCGCCUAUGACCGGCGGAGCCUGGAGAACGGCCUGAGCGUGAUCGACCGGGGACUGAACGGCCGCUACGCCACGCACAAGGAUGACAGCUUCGGGGGGGCGAAGGCGGGGCGGAGAGAUCGAGGGGACGAUGCGGAGAACGAGAACGAGGACAACGAGAACAACGAGAACGACGAGGAGGACGGAGACGAUGGGGAGGGAGGGCCGCUAGUGCCGUUCCACGUGCCAGCGGGCUGCUUCAACAAGCUGAAGUGGCUGAGCAUGUGGCCUCUGAGCCUGGUGCUCUUCUUCACCGUCCCCAACUGUGCCAAGCCUGGCUGGGAGCGCUGGUUCAUGGUCACCUUCGUCAUGUCCACCGUCUGGAUCGCAGGCUUCUCCUACAUCAUGGUGUGGAUGGUGACUGUGAUUGGGUACACUCUGGGCAUCCCCGAUGUCAUCAUGGGCAUGGCACCAUGCGACUGCAUUAGCCUCAGCUGGCACCAGUGUUCGGACUGCAUGGCCAGCCUCAUUGUCAAUCGCGACUCAUGCAUGGGGGACAUGGCCAUCUCCAACUCCAUCGGCUCCAACGUGUUUGACAUCCUGGUGGGCUUGGGCCUGCCCUGGGCCCUGCAGACGCUGGCCAUAGAUUACGGCUCCUACGUGCACUUGAACAGCAGAGGACUCAUCUUCUCAGUAAUUCUACUGCUGGCUUCAGUGUUUUUCACAGUGGUGGGGGUACACCUGAAUAAGUGGACACUGGACAAGAGACUGGGCCUGAUCUGUCUGCUGUUGUACGCCAUCUUCUUGUGCUUCUCCAUUCUCAUCGAGUUCAACGUCUUCAUGUUUGUCAAUCUCCCCAUGUGCCGAGAGAUCAUCUGACCCCAACCCUGCAGCCUUCGCUUACAUCACUUCCUGUUGGUGUCCAGAAGAAUAGCUCACGGUCAAAAAUGGAUGGAUUGAUUGACCCACGAUUGUUGGUUGGAUGUUGACCCUUGUUUGUGUUUUGGAGGAAUUAUAGAAAAAGUUUGAUUUUUGGUGCAAUAGAGGCCCGAUGCCUCAUGGGCUUUCGAUUGAUUAAUUGAGGAAUAUACUUGAAAGCAAGAAAAAAAUGAAGACUGCAUGUAUUGAUAGACAGAAUGGACCUAAGCUUAAAGAAGAGUCGAAGGGUUUGAGGCUGCUGUGUUUUUUCCAGUACUUAAGUUACUAUGGUGACUGAAGAAUGGAUUCAUUCACUUCAAAAAUCAAUUAGGAGAGACUCAGACUUUUGGGACAAACAUGGUCUGACUCCUUGGAGAAACUGGAUCGUUCUGUGUAUAUAUUUAUUGAAUGUGAGGACUAGGACCAUCUCCAAAUAUUUCUCAUCUUAUCAGGGCUUUGUAAUUUUUUGAGCAAAUCCUGAAUGCGGAAUGGACACACAAAAAUACACGGCUGGUUCUUUGUGUAUAGUGAAUCGAAACCUUGACCCCGAGUCACAGCACCUUUUUUCGUUUUUCUCCGGAACAUUUUUUGAAAAUUUAAGAGCUAUUGUUUUGUUUUUUUCUUUGCAUUUGCCUUGCACUGUUAGGGUCACAAUUGCUGGCCUUUGGGGAUAUGUUUUGCGUUAUUUAAGAUAUUUAUGUUUGUGUUAAGUUAUUGGUCAUUUUUUAUAUUCUGUGCAUUGUCACCUUAUGGAGUUGAAGCUGCACUCUUAACAUAACUGCACCGUAGACAUAUGAGUCGCAGUAGUACCUACUUUAUGUGUUUGAUCCAUAUAACAAUUACCAAUUAAAAUGGUAGUCGUCCACAGUAUAGUUUCAUAAUGCUAUGCCUUUAGCUGUUAAAGUUAAAUGGUGCAACUAUGGCUUUCUUAAAUACUUUAAGUGUAGGGUGCAACAAAAAUCUUUCCCAGGAAGAUUGGUAUGGACACAUGUAAGACCGAAAGGUAUAGACACUGGAGUAGCCAAACCUAAGAUAUUUUAUUUAUGUAUAUAUUUAUGUAUAAACAUAUUUAUAUGCGGUAGUGGUCUGCGCUCUGCACUCUUGUCUGAACUCAAGCAGACCUUUAUUUAUUUAUUUGGCUGCGUCAUGUGAGGCACGAUGCAGUGUCCUAUACAACUGUUUGUAAAACGCAGUGUCGUGCAAGACAAAUAGAGAUGUUGAUAUUUUAACACUGUAAGAGGUUAUUUUGUAUAAUUAUCUAAAUGUAAAAGUAUUGCCAGGUUUGCAAAAAGCAUUGCAGUUCUUUGGCCAUGUGAUUCUAUCACAAGAGGGCAGUGUGCUAGUGUAGUUGAAUGCAACAGGACUCACAGUCAAUCCCUCCGAGGGUCUUGUGGAAAAGAUUGUAUUUAAAGGUAAGUUAAGUUGAUGUGAUUGUGAAUUCAGACACGCAGCAUUUGUUGACCACAACACGUGAAUGCAUGACUGCAAAUAGCCCUGAGGUGUUGUUUUAUAUAUCAAAAGUCAUUUUAUGUUAUCAAAAGUUAAGGAAAAAUAUUAUAUAGUGCCAAUCAUUAAUACUACACCGUUUGGUCACUCGUCGUGUCAUAUAAUCACAGUUCCAAAUGUAGUUGUUUGCAGUUUUGUGAUGUAUGUAUUAUUGUAUUUGUAUCAGUAAUUAUGAACGUUGAGAGUUUUUUUUGGUACUUUCAGGAAGAUGACGAAUUGGUGCAUGUUUCUUUUCUCAUAAGUCUACUGAAUGCAUAUAAGGACUAAGACGCGCUGUAUCAAUCACAUUGUACAUAUCAGUGAAAAAAGAUAGGUCUACUAUCUCAUCAAAUAUCAAACUUUGCAAUUGUUUUAAAGAAACAAAUGAUGUAGGGCUAUGGUUUCUUAUCAUAUCUACUUUUUAGUUCCGAAAUGUUUUUUUUUUUUGUCCUCAGUUCGCGAUUUCAUUGACAAUUUGUGCGCAAAAGAAGCCAUUUGUACGACAGUUUGAUGCCUUUGGGCAAUAAAAUGGUUUACAUGCAGUAGGA